AUGGGAAUUACAUGUUCAAAUAAUCAAAUUAUUAUUAUAAAUGAAAUCGAAAAGUAAAGCAUUUUAAUAAUAAUUGACUAGUACACAAAAACCUGAGCCUCGAUUUUGCAAUAAUAAUUAAUAAAAUACUCCCUUAGAAUUUUAAUGCUAUGCUUGGAACAGAAAACAAUAAAAGUUGAUACAGAAAAAGUUCACAGUACAUUUUACUUAAGAAAAUUAAAUUAAGUACCUUAUUGACGGUUAUUUUCUAAGAAUGUAAUUAAUUCAUCUAAUAAACAUAAUAGAGAAUAAAUAUAUGAUUUUACUGAGAGGCCUGAAGUGUUGACUAAUUUUUAUUGUAUAAAAUAUCUAGAAUGGGAUGGAAAAUAUGGAGAGAAUCUUAAAAAGAAUGGAAAAUGGACUGUAAAUUGUAAGGGAAAAAAUCUAAUAACACUUGGUGGUUAUUACUCUACAGAGGGAUUAAAACAAGGCUUGUGGACAGAAAUAAUAAAAAAUUAUUCUGAGUAUGUAAUUAUAAUUGAUAUAAAAUAGAUAAGCUCAAAUUUAUGAAGUUGGUGAAUAUUUUAAUAAUUUGAGAAUUGGGAAAUGGACUUUUGUCGAUGAAAAUAAGUAAAUGUAUAAAUUUCUUUAAUUAUUUUUAGCGGUUGUGGUAGAUACAAUGAGUAUGGUUAAAAGAUUGGAAAAUGGAUAAAUUUGGAUGAGAGAUACUCUAAGUAUUUUAAUGACUUAAAAAAUAGAAUAAAUUAAGUCUUACAUGUUGGUGAAUAUAAAAAUGGGAAAAAAGUUGGCAGAUGGGAUAUUUUUUUUAGGAAAGAUAUUGAUUAAUCAUUUCUUUAAAUGUAAUGUUUUUUUAUAAGAUUAUUUUAGAGGUGGUGGAUUAUAUCAUUAUAAUAAUCAAGAAAGUUCAAUAAAAGUUGGAAAUUGGAUUGAGUUGAGUGAAUCUUACUAUUGUUAUUCUUAAAUUACUUAUAAUGGAUUGUAUAAAAAUAAUAUCAAGAUUAGUUAAUGGGAUACGUAUAAUUCUUAAAAGAAAAUGUAUUAAUAUAACUUUUAAAUAAAAAUAGUGGAGGAGGAUCAUAUACUGAAUAAGCAGAAGGAAGCUCUUUUAAGGUGGGGAAUUGGAUUGAGAUUGAUGAAUGUUAUAAAAACAAGUUGUUAGUGAUUUAUCCUUAUCAUGGUUAUUAUUAAAAUGGUUAAAAGGUAGGUAGAUGGGAGAUUAUAGAUUCAAGAUAUGAAAGAGAUAUAAAUCGGUAUUUAAAAUUAAAAAAUUUAGUGGAGGAGGAUCAUAUUAGAUUAUUGAAGGAAUGGGUUCGAUUAAAACUGGAAGAUGGGUUGAAUUGCUUUAGGUAGAUUCGGACUAUUAGGAAUUCACUUGUGAGGGUGAAUAUAAAAAUGGGUAUAAAGUAGGUAGAUGGGAUAUAUUUCUACAAAAUAACUUAAUGUAAUGGUUUAAAUAUGAAAAUUUAGUGGAGGAGGAUAAUAUCUUGAGGUUGAAAGUAUUAGAUCCGUUAAGACUGGAAAGUGGAUUGAAUUGCAUGAUGAUAGUAGAAGUUAUGAUAUAAUCACUUAUGAUGGUGAAUAUAAAGAAGGGAUAAAAGUAGGAAAAUGGGAUAUUAUAUUUAACAGAGAAUUAAUGUAAUAAAUACACAUAAAAAAUGUUAGUGGGGGAGGUUUAUAUGAUUAAGUAGAUGGAAUAAGUUCACUUAAGAAUGGAAAAUGGAUAGAAUGGAAAAAAAAUUAUUCUUGUGUUACUUAUAAUGGUGAAUAUCAAAAAGGUAUAAAGGUUGGUUUGUUGUAACUUCUAAAAAAAUAAAAUAAUAAAUUUUCGCUUAUGUAUUAAAUUAAUAUUAUUAUCAUUUUAAGAGGUUGUGCUAAUUAUGAUUCUAAAGGUAUCAAGAUAUAUAAAUAAGACAUGUAUAAGUAUUAUUAUUAAUAGAAAUUCUAAUAUAAUAAAUAUGGGAGAAUUUAUAAAUAGAAUAAAAAUUGGUAGAUGGAAUACUUUUUAUAAGCAAUAUUAACAUAAUGAUUUAUAAUUAAUGUAAAAAUUUAUUAUAAAAAAAUUUAUUUAGUGGUGGAGGAUCAUAUAAUCAAAUGGAAGGAAUAUAAUCAAUUAAAAUUGGAAAUUGGGUAGAACUAUGGGAUGGAUUUUAUAGUGAAUCCUAAGUUAUAUUAAGUGGCUAAUAUGAAAAUGGUAAAAAAGUCGAUAGAUGGAACAUUUUAUAUAGGCCUGAUGAGGACCAAAAAUUUUAAAUGAUGUAUGUAUUAUAAAACUUAUUUUAAGUGGUGGCGGAUAGUACAAAAAUUAGAUAAAAAAAAGUUCUUCGGUAAAAAUUGGAGAGUGGAUUGAAUUAAGUGAUGUAUUUUAUAAUGGAGCUUAAGUCAUUUAUCAUGGUUGUUAUAAAAAUGGUAACAAGGUUGGUAAAUGGAAUAGUUUGUAUAGAAAAGAUUGCUAGGAAGCAUUUGAAUUGAUGUAAUUAUAGUAAAAAUCAAAUUCUUAGUGGUGGAGGGCUCUAUAAGGAUGAAAAAAAUUCAUCAUUUAAGAUUGGCAAUUGGAUUGAGUUGAGUUCUGGAUUUUAUUGUUUAUCUUAAGUAACUUAUGUAGGAAAUUAUAUAAAUGGGAAAAAAGUAGGAAGAUGGGAGAUUUGGUUUAGAGAUCGGGAAACAAAAGUGAAUGAAUAGAUGUAACAUAUUAAAUUUAUAAUCUUAGUGGCGGAGGUUUUUAUCUUGAUUAGGGAAGUUCAUCCAUUAAAACUGGCAAUUGGAUCGAACUGAGUGAUGAAUUUUAUUGUUUGUCUUAAGUAACUUAUGCAGGAGAUUAUAAAAAUGGGAUAAAAGUAGGCAGAUGGGAUAUUUGGUUUAGACAUUAAGAAACAAAAAAGAAUGAAUAGAUGUACUUUUUCAAUCUAUAAUUUUAGUGGUAGAGAAUUUUACAAUGAUUAAGUAAAAGAUGAUUCUAGAAAGAAUGGGAUUUGGACUCAAUUAAUUUCAAAUUUUGGGAAUGGAACUGGAUUAAAAUAAAUCAUCUAUAAUGGUGCAUAUAAAAAUGAUAAAAAAGUAGGUAUUUGGGAGGAAAGAGAAAGAAAUAAAUAUUAAAUGGAUUAAGGUUUUAUUAAAAUAAAAGAAAUCAUUUAUGAUUAUUGAGUAAUAAUAUGCAAC